AUGAGCGGAAUACUCCUCUCCUCACAUAGAUCAUCCGCAACAGGAGUUCUACAGAACAUCCAGCUCACACCACACUUUUCAGGCAUACGGAAAAAGCACAAGACUUCAGUCAAAGCCAAGAUGCUGUCCCUAGAAGUCCUGAGAAAUUUCCUCCGCGAAUAUCUGGUCAUCGACCACCCAGUCGCAGUCUCUGACAUCCAGCACCGUGAACAAGACCAGACUCACACCCCAGACACCCCAGGGAAUCCUACCACCGCUGCAGUCACCGCUGUAACCAUUGAAUAUGAACCCUUAGAAUCAGCCACGAACAAGAGAAAAUCACCUCCAACUUCACCUCUAACGGCAACGCAACAAAAGCGGCUGAAAAAAGAACUCAAGCUCGAAGACAAACGUCGCAGAACAGCCGGCCACAGAGUCUUUCAUCACGAACUCGAAGACGGCUUCUACGGGGACCUCAUCUCGCUGCAUUACGAAGACGCAAUCGCAACAGCGCAGCACGCCCAUACUUUACCCCUAACCGAGGGCAAGUACCACUUCCACAACUUCUGGGUCGACGCAAGCGGUAGCCAAGGCUCUGCCGGCGCGGCGAUUGCAUACAAGGACCCUUACUAUGGCGAGGAGUGGAUGGACUGGGGAUAUGCGAUCUCAGACUUGAAGGGUAAAACGCGGGUAGACAUGUCGGAGUUGUUUGCUAUUGGGGCUGCGUUGAGGCUUGCGCUGGCACGGAUCGGGAAGAGGGUUGCUGUUGCGGAGGGGGCGGAGGAGCAUGCUGUUACUGUGUUUUCGGAUUCGAUGCGUGCGUUGGGCGUGAUUCGGCGGUGGGCGAAUUUGUGGUCUGAGGGUGAGAUUGAUAGGUCGGCGUUGGGGACUCUUGCGGGGGAUGUUUGUGGGCUCUCGAGGCAGCUGUUUGGGUUGGGGGUAAAGGUGAGGGUUUAUUGGGUGCCGGCGCAUUGUGAGGUUUGUAUUGUUGGUCAUAAGCGCGCUGAUGUGCUGUCGAGGGCGGCGGCGAGGCAUGUUAAGCCGCUUGUGCAGCGGGAUGAGAAGUAUAGUGCCGAUGGGGUUGUUCAGUUGGUUGAUUCGACGUCCUUGAAGACUCUUCAUCUGCUUGCUGAUGAGUGCGAUCCUUUGUGA